AUGAGGCGAAUCCGCUGCUCGACUCCCGGACAACAGACACAAAGCCGACGGACUCAAAGGAUGGUUCGAAAGCUCAAAGUUGCGGUUUCUGGUCUUGGCCGCAUGGGAGCCAGACAUGCUAGGCAUUUUCUAGAGCGUACACCGCGCGCAGAAUUAGUUGCAGCAUGCGAUCCAGAUCCCAAGGCCAGAGCAUGGGCGAAGCAGUGUCUCGAGCCCUAUGGAACCGUAAUCUACGAAGACUUCGACGAAAUGCUUAGACAUCCAGGCUUAGAAGCGGUGGUCGUGUCCGGGAUCACGUCUGAGCAUGCACCACAGACGAGCAGAGCGAUUGAGAAGGAUCUGCACGUUCUGUGUGAGAAGCCCUUGAGUACAGAUAUUGCCACCUGUCAGCGUGUCGUGGACGCCGCGAAGCAGAAACCGCACCUCAAAGUCUUGUGUGGUUUCUCGCGCCGCUUCGAUGCAAGCUACCGCGAUGCCUGGAACCAGAUCGACGCUGGUGACAUCGGGAGAGCGACAGUCAUCAGAAGUCAGACUUGUGACAAGUACCGCGACGAUGACUACUUUGUACAAUACGCGAAGCACUCCGGUGGCAUCUUCGUGGAUGCUAACGUCCACGAUAUCGAUCUUACGUUAUGGUACUUUGGUCAGGAUAGCAUCGUCAAGUCCGUCUCAGCCUUCGGAGUCGUGGCCCGCUACCCAGGUCUCAAGCAGUACGGCGAUGUCGACAACGGCAUAGCAGUGGUUGAAUUUUGGGGCGGCCGUAUCGCCUACUACUUCAGCUCUCGAAUGAUGAUGGCUGGGCAGACCGACACAACCGAGGUCAUCGGUACACACGGCAAGCUCAUGAUCAAUGCCUCUCCCGCCAAUAACUUGGUUGAGAUGCACGAGCCUAAUGGCAUAAGGCGUGAGAUUGCGCAGACGUAUUACGAUCGUUUCGAACAGGCUUUCGUGACCGAGAGUAACGAAUUUACCGCCGCGGUGCUUGACAAUACUAAGUUGCCAUUUAAGCUUACUGGGGCCGUGCAGGCUGUCAAGAUUGGUGCCGCCAUGACAAAGAGUCUACGAACAGGAAAGAAGAUCGACUUCGACGAGCUUGGCAACGAGAUCGAGGAAGUGCAGAAGGCCAGACUAUGA